AUGGGGAAAGCUUUAGAAAAAACUGAUUCAGUGACGGUGGAGGUGGUUGGUGAUAGAAAUCUGUCUAUGGAUGAGAUCAGUGUUGAUGUCAGAGAGGGCUCUCAUGAGGAAGUAUAUGUAGGGUUUGAAGAUGAGUCCUGGUUGAAGAGGUUUGCCGAUGAGCAUUUGAUGCCAAAUCUGGGGUUAGUCCUCCUUUCAGGUGCAUACCUGUUUAACUCAAUAAUGGUGGUUUCUACCAAGGUCAUGGAGACAGAUCCUGAUAAACUGAAAGAGGAUAGAAUCAAGCCUUUGCAGAUUUUAGUCGUUAGAAUGGUAAUAACCUAUAUUGGAACUUUGAUAUAUAUGUAUUGGAAACGUGAUGUUAUAGAACAUGUUCCCUUUGGACCUCCAGAGUUGAGGAAAUGGUUGUUGUUGAGAGGAUGUGUAGGUUUCUUUGGUGUUUUUGGGAUGUACUUUUCCUUGAUGUAUUUGACUAUUAGUGAUGCAGUGCUGAUAACUUUUCUAUCGCCAUCUUUAACUAUCAUCUUAGCAUGGUUAAUUUUGCGUGAAAAAAUCACUAGAUUCGAAGUAAUGGGUUCUAUCAUAUCUUUAUUUGGUGUUGUACUAAUUGUGCGUCCUUGCUUUUUGUUUGGUGCUAGAGUAAACUUAUCUCAAAUAAAUGAUCAUGUUGAAACUUCUAAUCCACAAGAGCGUCUAGUUGCUACCUUAGUCGCAUUAUUAGGUGUUAUUGGUGCUAGUUGUGUUUAUAUUAUUAUCAGAUUCAUCGGCAAUAGGGCACAUGCAAUUAUGAGUGUUAGUUACUUCUCUCUAGUAACAACAGUAGUCUCGUUAGUUGGGAUACUGACAAUUCCUUCCAUUAGAUUUCAAAUCCCUUCUUCUUUGAAAGAAUGGUUGCUAUUUGGUAACCUGGGUAUAUGUGGAUUUAUAUUCCAACUGUUAUUAACGAUGGGUAUCCAAAGAGAACGUGCUGGGAGAGGCUCCUUGAUGCAAUACGUUCAAUUAAUAUAUGCUAUCUUUUGGGACGUGUCUAUAUGGAAGAGAUGGCCUAGUUUCUGGUCCUGGUGUGGGAUGGUCCUUAUCGUGGGGAGCACAAUCUGGGUAGUAAAUAUUAAGAACUCUCUUGCUGCACAAAAAGAUACUCUACAUAUGCAAGAUCUAGAAAACAUUGCAUCCCGAGGUGAUUCGCUAGAACUGGAAGAUCUAUCAGAUUGA